AUGCCCCCCGGGCUCAAGAGACAUCCGAGUAGCACAAGCCGCUCCAUUAGUCCCCCGGCCAUUCGCAGAAAGAUUUCACCUCCAACCCAAAACAGGGCAGACCACGUUCGAAUCUUCAGCUGGAAUGUCAAUGGCGUCGGUCCGCUGCUUCAAAAACAGCUCUCGUUCGACCCUGCUUCCCUUUCACCCCUACGACUAUGCUUGAAACGCCACCACUGGCCUCAUUUUCUGUGUUUACAAGAAGUCAAGAUCAGUUCCAAAGACGUCACCACUCAAAGACAGCUAGAAAAUGCUGCAAACCAAGGACAUGUCUUAUACGAGCCUACUUACAAUGUCCACUUUUCCUUGCCGAGAGACAAACACAACGCCACCGGUUUCGGUGGUAAGGUCCAUGGCGUUGCCACCUUGGUCCGAAGCGACUUUGCUUCCCAAGUUCGUGUCACCCGGCGUCCCGACUGGGACCUGGAAGGGCGAGUGCUAAUACACGAGCUGAAAUCAGGCGUGGUGGUAAUCAAUGGGUAUUGGGUGAAUGGCACGUCCAAUCCAUAUCGAGAUCCUCAGACCGGCGAGGUCACCGGCACUCGACAUGAUCACAAAUUACGCUUUCAUCAACGUAUUCUGGAAGAGGCAGUUCAACUGCAGGACAAAGGGCACCAUGUCAUCCUCAUCGGUGACAUGAACAUUGCCAGGGGUAGAAUCGAUGGUCACCCAACGCUACGGACGUCCCCACUGCAGCACGUGAAAAAUCGCGCCGACUUCAAUGCCAAGUUCUUCACUGACGAGCAAGGCAUGCGUGGCAUCGACAUCUUCAGGCACAUGCACGGUGAUACCCGGAAGUUCACCUAUCAUCCCCGUGGGCGCAGCUGGGGCGAGAGCUGUGACAGGGUGGAUUUGAUAGUUGUGAGCCGGAGCUUGGUCGAUGAGGACGGGAUCAUCACCGGCACCGGAAUUUGCGACUCUCCGUUGGACCGUGGACACAGUGACCACGUUCCCCUCUGGAUCUCCGUCGAUUUGUCCAAACUGCACAAACACGACACCCCGGAAUAG